AUGCAUGUAUUUUGGCUAUGCAUACUGUUCACAGUCCGUAUCAGUGCGGUAACGUUCUUUCCUUCCACUGACCGUGACCCACAUAUCCGCCUCCAGACUCUACCACAACUGCGACCUCCGCUUCUUGAUGUUACGAUCUAUGAUGCAGAAAGGUUAAGUCCUGGCUAUCUGUUCCUCGCCCCCUACUCCCAAUUGGCAGCCAAGAAGGUUACAGAUUCUGCCGAGGCGUAUAUCACUGGUCCAUUCAUAUAUGAUCAUAAUGGACAAUUGAUCUGGAUUGGAUCUACCCUGUUUCCCGGACGAGAUGCUUACGACUUCAAGGCCGUGAUGUAUAAAGGCGAGACUAUGCUCUCGUUCAUUAUCUCACCGAACGAGUUCUAUCCGGAGUAUCCAGAGGGAAUGGCUGUUCUCAUCAACGGCCGGUAUGAGCUUGUCAAUAUGACCUUGCCUCUGUUCGAUACGCCGGAGAUCAACAUACACGAGUAUAGAAUCAUCGACAACGGAGCAUCGGUCUUGACACUGUACUCCAAGCCAGUGCUAGUCAACGAUACAUGGAUAAUGGAUGAUGGCCUAGCCGAGAUUGAUCUGGACAGUGGCGCAACUUUGUUCCAUUGGAGUUCGCUGGAACAUAUUCCUCUGAAUGCAUCCAAUUUUCAUCUUCCGAAAGCGGACUCGACGUCAGAGAAACAGGCUUGGGACUGGUUUCACGCAAACUCGAUAGACAAGAACGCACAUGGCGAUUACCUACUCUCCUCACGGCACACCAGUACCAUAUUCAAAAUCUCCGGCUCGGAUGGAUCUAUCUUAUGGACGCUCAGUGGAAAGAGCCCUGACAUUGAUCACUCAAAUGGUUUCAACUUCUCGUGGCAACAUGAUGCAAGAUACAUAUACGAAAACCAGACAACAAGCAUCAUUUCCUUCUUCGACAACGCCGGAGUCGGCAUUGACGAAGAAAGCAAGACAACAGGAAACUGGAGCCGUGCAGUGGUAGUCGAAUUCAACACUUUCGUCAGACCAAUGACGACCCGUAUACUUCACAGCUACGACAGACCAGAUCACGAGAUUUCUAUCGCAAGAGGAAACAUGCAGACACUGUCAAACUCAAAUGUGUUUAUUGGAUGGGCUACUCAUGGCCUAAUCAGCGAACUCACACAAGAUGGUUCCCCAGUCAUGGAAGCCAAGUUCCGCGAUCCCAAGAUGAGCACCUACCGGUCCUACAAGUUCAACUUUACUGGCCACCCACAUUUUCCACCAGUAACAAAGUCGAUCGUAUAUGGCUCUUCACCCAAGACCGCAAACACUUUCCACUACAUCAGCUGGAAUGGGGCUACAGACGUGCAUUCUUGGAACCUCUAUGGCGCCACGAAGAACUCUUCUGAGAGCUUCUCACUGCUUGCAAAAGUGGAAAAGACGGAUUUUGAGACAAUGUAUAUGACGAAAGAUUAUAUUGCUUUUGUAUAUGUUGAAGCCAUUGAUGUUGAUGGAAGAAUCAUGAGAGCUUCUAUUGCUGCUGCCUCGGAAGUGCCACAGAAAUGGAUAGGCACGUUCUGCACUGCCAGCAGUGUUUGCGAGAUCAAGAGCGAAGAAACUUCUCAGGAAGAGCACGAAAGUGUCGGUUCUGAUAUUACUGGUCUGAGAAAUCCUGAGUCAGAUCAUUUAGACUCGCAGCUGAAGUAUCAACCAGGGUCCACGUCGUUAACAAGAGUUGUGGAAGAUAAAACACUGAUACUGGGCAUCGGCUUGCUGGCUGUUUCAGCAUUCGUAUAUCUGUUCUUAAGGUUGUUUAGGAGACGCGACGGAGCACGGUAUCAACACGUAGAGUAG